GACCGGGUGACAGCGCUCGCUGGGCUGCAGGGCUGGCUUUAGGUGCUGCGGCACGGGAUGGCGGAGGCGCCUCCUGUCUCAGGCACUUUCAGAUUCAAUACAGAUGCUGCUGAGUUCAUUCCUCACGAGAGAAAAAAUGCCGGUCUAAAUUGUGGAGCCCAAAGGAGAUUAGACUCUGGUAGAAGUGGUAGAAGAAAUUACAGUUCACCACCUCCCUGUCACCUUUCCAGGCAGCUCCCUUAUGAGGACAUCUCUGCCAUUCAUCAACACAGUUAUCAUCCGUUAGGAAGCAAACCCAGGAGUCAGCAAGCUGCCUUCCACUCCUCUGCUUCUCAUAAACCAUCCAAAAGCCAUGGCCUUCAGAGUCAGCCCUGGCACAAAUUGAGGAGCGAAAAGCACCACCUGAGAAUCAAGAAAGCACAGAAUCUCACUGAUCAGACUUCAGAUGUAAUCAGCUUGGAAAGUGUGACCAGAUUGGAGAGUGGGACAAACCCCAUAGAGCACAGCCCCUCUGAGAGCGAGAAGGAAAUUGUUGGUGCAGAUCCCAGGGGAGCAAAACCCAAAAAAGGAGCACAGUCUCUCUACAGCUAUGGUAAAGGACCAAAAAUCAAGGGUAAACUGAAAUGCGAGUGGGGUAAUAGAAUAAUUCCAAAACCUGAAGAUGCUGUCCCCGAAAAUGCCAAACCUGUAGUGGUUUUCGCCCUCGAUUCUUCAGAUGCAUCUUCUAGGAAAGCAGCAGUAGAUGGGUGUGGGGCCAAACGAAAUGAACAGAAAAGAUACCCACAGAAAAGGCCUCCCUGGGAGGUGGAGGGGGCUAGGCCACGACCAGGCAGAAAUCCACCAAAACAGGACAGUCCGCGCCAGCAGACAAACACAGGGCCCAGAAACAACGUGGGCUCCAUUCCAAAGGAUAAUCUCAAUGAGAGACCAGCAAAACCUGCCUGUGACAACGGGAAUUUGGCAGUUGUCAACAAGUCUUCCAGAAGGAUUGACCAAGAGAAAUGCACUCUGAGGAGGCAGGAUCCUCAGGUGGUGUCUCCUUUCUCCAGAGGCAAACAGAACCAUGUGCUCAAGAAUGUGGAAACUCACACAGGAUCUCUGGUAGAACAGCUGACUACAGAAAAAUAUGAGUGCAUGGUGUGCUGUGAGUUGGUGCGCGCCACAGCCCCGGUGUGGAGUUGUCAGAGUUGCUACCAUGUGUUUCACUUGAGUUGCAUAAAGAAAUGGGCACGCUCUCCAGCAUCUCAAGCAGAUGGUCAGAGCGGUUGGAGGUGCCCUGCUUGUCAGAAUGUUUCCGCACAUGUUCCCAAUACCUACACCUGUUUCUGUGGUAAAGUAAAGAAUCCGGAGUGGAGCAGAAAUGAGAUUCCACAUAGUUGUGGUGAAGUUUGUAGAAGGAAACAGCCUGGCCAGGACUGCCCACAUUCCUGUAACCUUCUCUGCCAUCCUGGACCCUGUCCACCCUGUCCUGCCUUUACAACGAAAGCCUGCGAAUGUGGACGGACCAGGCACACAGUUCGCUGUGGCCAGGCAGUCUCGGUUCACUGCUCUAACCCCUGUGAGAACAUUUUGAACUGUGGGCAGCACCGCUGUGCUGAGCUGUGCCAUGGGGGUCCGUGCCAGCCUUGUCGGAUCAUAUUGAACCAGGUAUGCUACUGUGGCAGCACCACCAGAGAUGUGCUAUGUGGAACUGACAUAGGAAAGUCUGAUGGAUUUGGGGACUUUGGCUGUUUGAAGAUAUGUGGCAAGGACUUGAAAUGUGGGAACCAUACAUGUUCUCAAGUGUGCCACCCUCAGCCCUGCCAGCCAUGUGCACGGCUGCCCCAUUUAGUGCGCUAUUGCCCUUGUGGUCAAACUCCUCUUAGCCAGUUGCUGGAACUUGGAAGCAGUAGUCGGAAAUCCUGCAUGGAUCCUGUCCCCUCGUGUGGAAAAGUGUGUGGCAAACCUCUGCCUUGUGGUUCCUCAGAUUUCAUACAUACUUGUGAAAAGUUCUGCCAUGAAGGAGACUGUGGACCAUGCUCUCGCACAUCAGUUAUUUCCUGCAGAUGCUCAUUCAAAACAAAGGAGCUUCCAUGUACCAGUCUCAAAAGUGAAGAUGCUACAUUUAUGUGUGACAAGCGAUGUAACAAGAAGCGGUUGUGUGGACGGCAUAAGUGUAAUGAGAUAUGCUGUGUGGAUAAGGAGCACAAGUGUCCCUUGAUUUGUGGGAGAAAACUCCGUUGUGGCCUUCAUAGGUGUGAAGAACCUUGUCAUCGUGGGAACUGCCAGACGUGCUGGCAAGCCAGUUUUGAUGAAUUGACCUGCCACUGUGGUGCGUCAGUGAUCUAUCCACCAGUUCCCUGUGGCACUAGACCCCCUGAGUGUACCCAGACCUGUGCCAGGAUGCACGAAUGUGACCAUCCAGUGUAUCAUUCUUGUCACAGUGAGGAGAAGUGUCCCCCUUGUACUUUUCUAACCCAGAAGUGGUGCAUGGGUAAGCAUGAGCUACGUAGCAACAUCCCCUGUCACCUGACUGAUAUAUCCUGCGGAUUGCCCUGCAGUGCCACACUACCAUGUGGUAUGCACAAGUGUCAGAGACUAUGUCACAAAGGAGAGUGUCUUGUGGAUGAGGCCUGCAAGCAGCCCUGUUCCACUCCUAGAGCCGACUGUGGCCACCCAUGCAUGGCCCCCUGCCACACCAGCUCACCCUGCCCUGUGACUGCUUGUAAAGCCAAGGUGGAGCUACAGUGUGAAUGUGGACGAAGAAAAGAGAUGGUGAUUUGCUCUGAAGCGUCCAGUACUUACCAAAGGAUAGCUGCUAUAUCUAUGGCCUCUAAGAUAACAGACAUGCAACUUGGUGAUUCAGUAGAGAUCAGCAAGCUUAUUACCAAGAAGGAAAUUCAACAAGCCAGGCUGGAGUGUGAUGAGGAGUGCUCGGCCUUGGAAAGAAAAAAGAGGCUGGCGGAGGCAUUUGAUAUCAGUGAAGAUUCUGAUCCUUUCAACGUACGUUCUUCAGGGUCAAAAUUUAGUGAUAGUUUGAAAGAUGAUGCCAGAAAAGACUUAAAGUUUGUCAGUGACAUUGAGAAGGAAAUGGAAACACUCGUGGAGGCCGUGAAUAAGGGAAAGAACAGUAAGAGAAGCCACUGCUUCCCUCCCAUGAACAGAGACCACCGCCGCCUCAUCCAUGACCUGGCCCAAGUUUAUGGCCUGGAGAGUGUGAGCUAUGACAGCGAACCAAAGCGCAAUGUUGUGGUCACUGCCAUCAGAGGGAAGUCCAUUUGUCCUCCUACCACGCUGACAGCAGUCCUCGAAAGGGAGAUGCAGACCAGGCCGCCACCACCAAUUGCUCACCACAGGCAUCAGAUGGACAAGAACCCUGGCAGCAGUCAUCUACAGAGAGUGGCCAAGGAGCCGGUGAUUGACUACUUUGAUGUCCAAGACUGAACAGAUCCAGAUGCACUUAGGUCACAGCGAGGGGAGCUGCAGUGGAUGCUUGUUCGCCGGCAGACCCGUCACACUCGCUCUGUCUGCGGGAAUCCCAGCCACACGCGCCAUCUCCUGACACAUGCGGAGCAUGAAUGGGUCAGAAACACCCUCGUGUGUCUGUCUGUGUGACCAGAUCCCCUCAUUGUGCAAUCACUAGCCGUUCAGUCCUGUAUUUGAAGAGGCUUCUCUCACUGUCACUGUGAUUGCUCUGAGGGCUGGGGGAAUGUUGGACUUUCCUUGGACAAACCAGAAUUUUAGCCUGAAAUCUGCUUUGUGGCACCUUAGUCAUUGUCUCACCAGUUUUUGGUCGUCCUGACAUACAUGGAAUGCCACACAGACCCUGUUUGCUUUACCCUAACUGAAUGCCAUCUGUAGAAAGGCACUGUUGAUUUCUCCAUCUGAAAUACACAGCGUGGAAUUGGUA